AUGAGCGAUACGGACAAGCCACUGCCGCCCGUGGCCACGGCGGCACCCGUUCCCGAUCCCGACCAGGCCGCCGCCCAGUCGCUCACGGGAGCACACCAGAGCGAAGCCACGGCGGGCACCCACAUCGACCACGCCGCCGGCCCCGCCGCCGCCCUCGACCAUGCCGCCCACCUCGACACCGUCCCAAAGGCCAACGUCACGCCCGAGCGCGUCGCUGCCAUCACCACCACCCAGGACCAUGCGCCCGCUCCGGGCGUCGGCGACUCGGACCGUCCCCUGGAGCCGGAGCUCGAGGACCUCGGGUGGAGCCAGGACCCCAAGCGCCCCCUUCCCGUGCUCCAUGGCCUCAAGAACGAGUCCCUCUGGCUCCUUGUCCGUCGCUUCAACAAGCAGACCUACCGCGUCAAAAAGGUCGACAGGACCGACGCCACGGGCCUCGACUGCUACAUUUCCCACGACGAGCAGUUCUCGCCGGACAAGCUCAAGUCGACCCUCGAGCGCCUCUACAUCUCGGUCGUCGUCGGCGUCGUCGCCGCCUUCAAGCACGUCGCGCGCAUCCGCUCCUGGACCGAGCCGCGUCGCACCGCCGGCUUCUGCGCCUACUACUCGUUGGCCUGGCUCACGUCGAUGGUGAUGCCCGCCAUGUUCCUCCUGAUGCUCGUCCUCAUCCUCUCGCCGCGCGCUCGCAUCCUGCUCUUCCCUCCUGCUCCUCUCGCCGCCAUCGACGCCAAGACGGGCAAGGCGCGCAUCCCCAAGGCCGGUCACCUCGGCAGCAAGCACAGCCUGACGGGCGCCGCAGAGACCUACGAGGGCGAGGCAGUCGAGCAGGAGGCGUCCAACCUCAUCGGCGCCCUCGGCAGCGUGGCCGUCAGCACUGCGGCAGGCAAGAGCGCUGACACGUCGGCCAUCGACGACCUCGACUCGGACGACUCGGACGCCGAGGCCGACGGCGACGAUGCCGAACGGGCAAAGGCCAAGGCGGCGCGGGCCAAGUCGAAGAAGGACCAGGAAAAGGUGCCGGACCCCACCAGCAUCGCCGCCGUCUCGCACGCCGCACAGUCCAAGGCGUCGGGCGAGAAGACGGGCCACGUCGACGCGGGCGACCACACCAAGAAGCCGAUGGAGGACGCCAUCUUUGCCAGCCUGGCCCCGUUCAUGCACAUCCUCAACAAUGUCGCCGACGACUGGGAGAGGCUCGGCAACGCCCUCUCGCCGACGCCGCCGUUCAACCGCUGGAUGCCCCGGUUCCGGCUGGCGGGCGCAGUGGCGCCCCUGCUGCUCGCAUCGAUGUUUGUCACGGAGAACAUGAUCUACCGCGGCGCCUCGCUCGGGUUCGGCGUGGCCAUGUUUGGCCAGCCCAUCUUUGACCGCGUGCCCAUCGCCAAGCUCAUCGAGUGGCUCGACAGGAACGUGCCCGACUGGAAAAAGUACCUCGAGUUGCGAUUCAUGCUGCUGCGCGGCGUGCCGACCAACGCCCAGCUCAACGUCACGCUGCUGCGCAUCGGCGAGGCCAACAAGUCGCCGCUACCGCCUCCACCGCCGUCGUCUGUCGCCCCGCCUCCGGACGCGCUGCACGGCUCCGACAUGGCCGACCACCCGGACCUGCCGCCCGAGUACUCGGAGCAGCUGGCCGAGGAGCACGUCGAUGCCGUCGCGUCGCGACCAGAGGGCGAGGACAAGUCGGCGACCGACACAAAGAAGAAGCCGUCCAAGAUCCUGAGCAUCCUCAAGGGCACCGCCAAGGCUGGCGCCGAAGUGGCGCUGGGCGCCAACCGGGUCAAGGCGAGCGCGGGCUCGCUCACGGCCAAGACCAAGCUUGGCGUGGUGCGCGGCGAGGCGGCGGCGCGCAAGACGGCCUCGGACGGGCCCGUCAGCUUCGCGGCGAGGUACAAGGGCAAAAAGGGCCACGUCUACAUCUCGACGAGCGCCACGACGCCGUGCGUCUCGUUUGAGCGCGACGGCGACACGCCCAACCCGGCCAAGGCGGCCGCGGCGGCCGCGGCGAGUUCGGACCCGGUGGAAAACGCCAAGAAGCUCGUCAACCGGCCCACGGCCAAGUUUAGCAUCGCCAUCGAGGACAUUGUCGAGCUGCGCAAGGUCGGCGGACUCGGGUGGAAGGGCAAGCUCAUCGUCGGCUGGGCGCUGGGCAGCGAGGUGGCCGACGGGCUCGAGAUUGUCGAUAAACUCGGCAAGGUCUGGAGGGUCACGGCCAUGGGGAGGCGCGACGAGGUGUUUAACCGACUCCUCUCGAUUGGAUCCCAGCGCUGGGAGAUCUACUAG